CUCAACUCACCCAACUCAACUCUCCCUCCCUCCACACUUGAGAUCCUCCUGUCGGUGACCCGGUUGUUUGCUUGAUUGCCGUCCUCUUGGCCUCAAUUCUAUCAGUGCAGUCGGACGCUAUGAUCUGCUUCCAGUGCCGGGCCGUGCCCGCCACUCUCCGGUCCUCCAUGACCGCGGCCACCAGAAUCCCCAUCUCCGCACCCGCCGCCGCCGCUGCCCGCGCAUCAACAGCAAGAACCACCACCACCACCACCACCACUACCACCACCACCUCAAUCCGCACCCUCAUCACCUCCUCCUCCGCUUUCUCUCCCCUUCGCGCACAGCUCUCCCACCAACAACGAACCCCCUCCACCGCCAUCCUCUCAUCGACCUCCGCCUUCUUCCCCUCCACAUCUCCCACCACAGCCUCUCUGCAACAAUCCCGAUCCUUCUCCGCCAGCGCCUGCCUGCUCGGAAAGCGGUCAACCUACAACCCCUCGCGACGGGUGCAGAAGCGGCGCCACGGGUUCCUGUCCCGGGUCAAGACCCGGACUGGACGGAAGAUCAUUCAGCGGAGAAAGGCCCGCGGCCGGAAGAACUUGAGUUGGUAGAUUCUGCGGUUUCUCUGUCGCUUAAGUACCUCUACCCUACCUUGAGGGUCUACCCUACCCUAAGGGAGACGGCGGGGCUUGGUUGAUUCCGUCUCAAGUGACCGUUCUGCACCAAUGGGCUGUGUAUCUCGCUGAAAGCUUCGGGGGAGGGGGGUUAUCCGUUCUUCUGUUUUAUCUUUUUUGUUGUGCUCGGUGUGCUGCAUAUUUCUUUGAAGGUUACUCGCAUUGGAUUUCUCUGGGGCUCUUGUUACUAGAGGGUAUAUGGGGUCUUCGAUGAGAUACAUGGGUUGGACCGGAGCUGGAAGAUCUCAGUUGGGCAUGCGGUUUCGUGCUUCAUAUCUUAAACAGGAGUAUGUUAACUGCGGUGCUCAGCUGUGGUCAGGUGAGGGCAUGGGUUGUGUCGGUGGGUGGCUGAUGAUCCAGAUUGAGAUAUGAUGGUUGUAUUCUACCACCUUGUUUCUUUUAUAUUUCCUAUUUUGUACCAUAUAC